AUGUCAGAAUUGGGAGAGCAAGGGAAGGCCCUGCCAGCAGCCUGCAGCCUGGAUUUAGAGUCUGAGAGAGCUGCUUUGUUAGAAAGCUCAGUCAUGAUCUUCAGGUAUUUUGUGCUGUACAACAGACUAGCAUCACAGAUGGUCUCUUCCUUUCUGGUCUUUUCUAAUAGUUACUCUGACUUUUUAUAUCUCAUAAAGACUCAAGACCUUAGAAGUACUUUUAAGGCUGCCUCCAUGGAUUCAUCUCCCAUGAAAAGAUUCCUUUCUACACCUAUCUCCAAACGUUCUUUUGCUGACAGAAUGCAUUAUGUGAAGGUGACCCCAAAUCUGGGCAAACCUCUGCAGACAUUCACACUGUGUUUUCAAGUCUAUAGCAACCUUUCUUGCCCCCACAGUCUCUUCUCCUACAAUAUCAAGAGCAGAGAUAAUGAGCUACUAGUUUAUAAGGAAAGAGUUGGAGAAUAUAAUUUGCACAUUGGACAAUGGGAGGUCACAGCCAGGAGCAUGGAAGAGUUCCCUUCCCCAGUGCAUUUCUGUACCACCUGGGAGUCCUCUUUAGGAAUUGCUGAAUUUUGGGUCAAUGGGAAACCUUUGGUAAAAAAGGGUUUGCCAAAGGGUUACACUGUGGUGGAGCCUCAUGCCAGUAUCAUCCUAGGUCAGGAGCAGGAUACCCAUGGAAGAGGGUUUAAUGAGUCCUAGUCUCUUGUGGGAGAGUUCAGGGAUUUGUACGUGUGGGACUCUGUACUGUCCCUUGUAGAUAUUCAAUCUGUGUGUCAGAAUUCCCCUCUCAAUCCUAAUAUCUUGGAUUGGCCGGCUCUGAAAUAUGAAAAAAAGGCCCCCGUGUGUGGGCCUGAGGUCUUAAAACAAACACUGAUGAAAAUGAAAUGA